AUGCCAGUCCCCGUCCCCCGUGUCGCAAAGUCGACAGCCAACCCCGUCAUGAAGCGUACUCGUGACGUGGGCGCAACUCCAUCGUGGAAAGUCUCGAAGCCACGUCGUAUUUGGGAAGAGGAUUCCUACCUUCCCGACCAACGUCGAGAGCAGGAUUUUAUUCAUGGGUUGGCCUUUGCGGGCAACGCGAUGGCCAUUAAAGGAGCUCGCGCGCAAGCGUGUCUUCCGCCCUUGACUGCAGCAGCCGCACUCCGUGUCUACCCCCAGGCAGGAGUUCAUUCGAGACAGGGUUAUGCGAGGGAUGUAGAGUGUUGGGAAGGUGAGGAGGAGUAUCCGGCACCAUGUGACGGCUGUGAUGCGAUGGAGAUUGAAGAGGAUGUCGAGACCGACGAUGUUUCUCCCGACUUGGUUUUCAGCAACCUCGCCACAUACGAAGACCAACCACAUCGCCAUUCAUCUUACAAGCCCAUCUAUCACGAUCACUCGCCCGGUACGGAUAGUGGACACGAAUCCGGCUCAAGUCCGUUGGAACCUAUUACCCCCUUUGCGGAUUUCGUCGACGGAGUUGUCGCUGCAGAGCAGCCCUCCCUCACUGGAGAAGAUUGUAUAACUGCGCCCGUCAACGCCAACUAUGGUGUCCUCAAGCAAGACAGUUCUGCGGAAUCACGGCUUGCUCCGGUUUUCCCCACCUUGGCGGAGCCUGUCAAGGAACCAGCGCCUGCCCCAGAGGUCAUCACGCCUAGCCCCACUAGUGGCUACAGACAACUGUCUCAACCGUUGUCGGAGUGGCUGGCCAGUUACGUCUGGAAGGUGUGUACGACAGGACUCAGCCUGUCGCCGGCAUUCACGUACCCGUCCACCCGCGCUGUACAGUACCCGCUCGCCCCGCCCAGAUACCUGGCACCGGCGAUCCAUUCGUUGCUCCUUUCCACCUUGUUGCAACCAUCUGCCGUUUUCUUGGGCCUGUGGUACAUCAUUCGCUUGCCAGUGUUCUUUAACGCCGAACUCGGCCCCGAGUAUCCCAAGGAGGCUCGUUUCCGCCAUGCGUUACUCGGGGAUGCAUACAGCUACGAGCGGGAAGGCCUGGAGGUCAAUGCACCCUUUCGCCUAGUCGUGCUCGGCUGCAUGCUGGCGAAUAAGUGGUUGGAUGAUCAUACUUUCACCAACAAGACUUGGCACACAAUCUCCAACGUCCCCAUCCAAGAGCUCAAUCGACUUGAGGCUAUGGCUUUGGAUGUCUUCUCCUAUGAUCUCUCCAUUUCUAACAAGGAGUGGGCUCAUUGGAUGACCCACCUUCAGUCAUACCAUAUGUCUCUGGCUCCGUCUCACCUUCAGCCGAUUGGGAGACCAUCAUCGAACCCACAUUCCACUAUCCGUAAGACGAUUGAUGAGAUCGUCCAAGCGCCAUCUCCUUCCAGCUUCUCUCCCCUUCCCCAACCCGUCUUCCUCGGCCUCGAGGAGCGCAAGGAGAAGCUGGACAAGCAGUACGCUUCUUCUGCUAGCAUCAUGGAGAUCAACCUUGACGAGGAUGGCCCUCUCAGGGAAGAGUAUUUGCCUCGACGUCGGGUCAUCGAUCCCGCAGCUCUGCGCGACACACAGCUUCAACUUUCCGGUCAGGAAAACCUUCACGCUGUCAACGCUGCUGCGACUAAAACGCUCCCUCCUCCGGCGAAAUGGAGCCCGUCAGGCGAUGAACCCAUCCUUCGGGACCGCAACCGCAGCAGCGGACACUACGUCGCCGUUCAACCGUCGCAACCCCAUCUUUAUUCGAUGGGCUACCGUCCCCAUGGAUUGCCGUCCUGCGAUGCAUCCUUUGGCAUUGCCUACAAGGCCUAUCCGACCUACGCAUACGCACCUGCCGUCUUCGUCAGCCAUCCGUACACCAUAUACCCUCAUGCAACCACAACCGCGAUGACGCAUUCCCGUUCGCAGUCCUUGUUCUAUGACUCUGACAACCUUUUAUCUCGCCACCACUUGCGGUCCUAUUCCCAAUCUGGAUACGACUACAAGUGCAGUGAUGUUCGCAUGACCUCCCAGGAACACUUGGCGACAUUCAAAACCGAACCCCGCUGGAUCGAAGCCAACCCAUAUAUGUAUCCCGCUGCGGGUUACGCUGCAUAG